CACACACACGGCUUGGAUGUCUCUCAGGGUGGUAGUGUGGUGUGUGGUCGUGAUGGUGGGGUCGUACUCAGCUUCCCAGAAAUAUGACGACCAUCCAGGGGUACCCGCCAGGUAUAAUUACAGGUACGGCGUCCAACAUAACCCUACAGCUGUUGACUUCAGCCAUCAGGAAACACGGGAAGCCACUCAGACGUUAGGGGAAUACCACGUCAUGUUACCUGAUGGGCGGGUCCAGGUGGUCAGGUACACUGCCAAUCAGGAUGGCUACGAGGCUCAGGUGUCCUACAAGAGGGAUGGCUUAGUUCUGAUUGAUAAUGUACCUGCUGUUUAUAAGCCGGGUCCUGUGUCCAGUAAUCCGGGUUAUGUGUCCAGUAAACCGGGUUCUGUUCCUUCUAAGCCAGGUCCUGUCCCUCCAAAGCCGGGUCCUGUCCCUCCAAAGCCGGGUCCUACCCCUCCAAAGCCGGGUCCGACCCCUCCAAAGCCACCACUUGCCUCUCCCCCUGCCCCAAUACCCACCUUCCCACCUGCCCCUCCCAAGCCAAUUCCUGCCCCUCCAAAGCCAGACACUGCCCCUAAAAAGCCAGCACCCGCACCCGCCCCAUUACCCACCUAUCCACCCGCCCCAGUCUAUCCUUCUGGUCCCACCAAGCCAGUCCCAACCCAUCCCAAGCCAGUCCCAACCCAUCCCAAGCCAGUCCCAACCCAUCCCAAGCCAGUCCCAGCCCAUCCCAAGCCACGGAAGUCCCAAUUUAAGAGGCCCUACCCACGACCUCCCCCUCCCCCCAUUUUUUCCCCAAUUCGACCCCACUCCUAUUUUGGGGUGUAUUUCCCAGCAGACCCCAGUUCCUAUAGACCUAGUCCCUAUAGACCCUAGUAAUCAGUCCCAAAUUCUUCCUAUAUCCUGUUCUAUCCUCUUCUAUAUGACCCGUUCUUAUAUAUCCUGCCAUAUCGCGAACCUAACCAAAACCUAACCUAAAUCUAACGUAACCUAACCAAAGUCUAACCAAAGUCUAACGUAACUUACAAGGUCUAUUUUAAACAGAUCUUAAUAUUGAAGACGGAGAAAAUAUUGAAAAUAACUUAGGCCUAUGUGUGGAAUGUGGGUUAACUAGGCCUAUUUCAGACAGAUCUUAAUGUGGAAGACUAAGAAAUAAUUAAUAAAAAUGUUUAGGCCUAUUGGAAAUGUGAUGGAUAUUUAACUAGGCCUAUUUUUUUGUGUCUGAAUAAAUGUUAUGAUUGUUA